AUGCUUCAGGCAUGCUCAGUCCAGCACCUACCUGUACCAUAUGCAGCAUUUCCACCCCUUAUUUCUAGUGACCCAUUUCUUUUGCAUCCUCCUCAUAUCUCUCCACACCACCCUCCUCACUUGCCUCCUCCAGGACAGUUCGUUCCCUUCCAAGCACAGCCAUCACGGUCGCCACUUCAAAGGAUAGAAAAUGAAGUAGAACUGCUUGGAGAACAUCUUCCUAUAGGAGGUUUUACAUACCCUCCCUCAGCCCAUCCACCAACGUUGCCUCCCUCAGCUCCUCUCCAGUUCUUAACCCAUGAUCCUUUACACCAGGAAGUGUCAUUUGGUGUACCUUACUCACCUUUUGUGCCUCGAAGACUCACAGGGCGCGGGAGAUACCAAUCACAGCAGCCAAUACCACCACACCCUUACCAUCCCAGCCUAUUACCUUAUGUGCUAUCAAUGCUCCCAGUGCCACCUGCAGUUGGACCAGCUUUCAGCUUUGAGUUGGAUGUGGAAGAUGGAGAGGUAGAAAACUAUGAGGCACUCCUGAAUUUGGCAGAACGUCUGGGAGAAGCGAAACCACGAGGGCUGACAAAGGCAGACAUAGAACAGCUUCCAUCCUACAGGUUCAAUCCAAGCAAUCACCAGUCAGAGCAGACACUGUGUGUGGUGUGCAUGUGUGAUUUUGAGUCAAGGCAGCUACUUAGAGUCUUACCCUGUAACCACGAGUUCCAUGCCAAGUGUGUCGAUAAAUGGCUGAAGGCAAACCGUACGUGCCCGAUUUGCAGAGCUGACGCCUCGGAAGUGCAUCGUGACUCAGAGUGACCCCCCAAGAGCACAAAUCCAGUUUAGGUGUUCCCGGUCACGCGUGUGUACGGACUGUCUGUUGAACUUACCCACGCGGCUCCCGGCCUGCCCUUCACACAGAAGGGUCAAUGGGACUUACUUUGCACUGUGUGACUUAAUCCAUUAUAAAGCUUAUAACUAGUCUUCACAGUUACAGGAUUGUUAUACUAACAGUGUGAUUGGAACUCCAAAGACUGGGGUUUUUUAGGUUAAUUUUGUGUGUGCACUAACAUUCCCUGGUUUUCGUGUGAUCGUUCCGAGUGUUGCUGUGAGAUUACUGUGGUGAUCUUUUAGCAUGUGCUUUUAAAUGAAAAGGAAAAAAAAAAAAACAAAAACAAAGUGGUAGCUCCAAACAGUAUAGCAAUCUACCUUAUA